AUGCCACCAAAGUCCAGCAAUCGGAAUAUUCGAGACUUCUUCAAGCCAUUCACAAUCCCGAAGAAUCGCGUGCCGGUCAACGACACCAUCGAGGAUGAAAUCAUUGUCGCAUCACCUUCCAAGCGACCAGCCGUGGGGGAUCGCAUCAACACAUCUGUGUCAGCCAGUACACCAACAAAACGACCCCCAGGAAGACCGCGAAAAGACUCUCCGCGAUCAAGUAAUGCUGCAACACCGACGAAGCGAUCACCCACAAAGCGAUCGCCGACGAAGACACCAAAGAAGUCGCCAACGAAAACGUUCCGACUGCCUCAGCUCGACGACGACACCGAUGAUCCACUCGUCCAUAUAAGUCCGGCAUCCUCUCAACAGCGCAGCAUGACUGCGGUGGAAAUACCUGCGCCUCGUCCUCCCCCUCCACAGCCCAAGCGCGAAAUGGGCGACAAGGCUGCAACCACUUCGUUCUCCUCCAUCUCGACACUGUCAAGCAUGCCGCAGAGUUCCCAAAGCUCGAGCAAGCGGAUACUCAAGAAUGGGAUGCAAGCGGUCACCAACUCCGACUCUGGCAGCGCGGACAGCGACAGCAGCGACGAGCUGGCGGACAUUUCCUCUUUCGUGCCGAGAAAGAAGAGGAAGAUAACACCGCCACCCGCUCUGGGACGAGACGCAAACCACGCGAUUGAGAUUCCAAGCACAGUGAAGCCAUCACGGCGCAGUGGUCGCAUAUCAGAUGAGGACCGGAAAAGAGCCACGCCCAAGAUGAUACCUUCGCCUCCCCGCACGGUGUACAAACAUAGUUUGGCGAACAUGAUCAAGCAGCAGAAGAAGCAUGAGAAGAGCGAGGCGAGGAUACAAGAAGCCGAGGCAGCUUUUGAAGCAGCGAGGAAAAGACGGGAAGAAGAGCUGCAGAGGGCUGGGGGGCCGUCGGCUGGUCUGCAAGCUGCCACAGCAGAUGAUAGCGACGAGGGUGAGAGGAUGAAGCUCGCGAUUGCUCGGACAGAGGCGAUGCAGGGUGAGCAGCAGUUGUUUUACUUUCGUGGGAUUAAGGAGCCUGUAAGGAGCGCCUUCCCGGGAGAGUCUGGCACGAUUUGGGAGAGGUAUCGUAACAACGACAAGGCGAGGGAGCAAGCAUUCUUAUCUGGAUUUGUGGCCCAACUUGCGGACGCCAACAAGCUACCGGAUGACAUUGCAGGAUGGAUUAUCGAACAACUACCUCAUGAACCACGACAGGACCUUUGCGAAGCAUAUGUCGAGGUUCUGCGUGUUCUCUCAACGAGCAAGAGUCUGGACCAGCGAGUCUCGCCGCGCCUCACCACCUUUCACGAGUUGGCCCACCUGGAAGCUUCGCAUACAUCGAAUACUAGCAUGCCGAAAAUGGAUCCAGAACCCGCUUCUACACCUUUGCCGGACACCGGAACGCUGCCUGGCUUACGGCAUGUCUUGCACGCUUUACGCUAUGUGCACGCUAGGCGGCAUGAUCAUUGUGCUCCAGUGGCGGCAGUACUGUCAGAACUGAUUCCUGCACUGAUCGAUGUGCGAGUGACGAAAGACACCAGUCUCUGUGAAGAUGUUGCGGAUACAGUUGAAUGUAUUGUCGAAGCGUUCUCGGAUAAGCCCUCCUUCGAAAUACUGUGCAAGCGCGUACACAAAGCCUGCGCAGAACAGACCCAGCUCUCACCACUGUUGCAUUGUCGAGCGAUAGCAGCCAUGCCUGCGCGCUCAAAGCAGAGUCACCACCUCCGCCGCAUGCUCGCGCUCCACCACGUCACAGACAAGCGAUCACCAGAAGCCUACACACUAGAUCUGAGCUCACCUCAAUGGGUCGACAUCAUCCUCUCGCGACUCAAAACAGCACCCGAAUUCGCCAUCAGCGAAUCGUCCGACUACGCCUUGCUCAGCGCCCUCAUCUCCGUCCUCGACAUCGCAAUCGACGCCGGCUUCUCCGACUUCUCGUUCCGCCAGCACCGCACCCGCACCUCCAAACCAAUCAACACAUUCGCCAAAACCUCCCCAUGGGCGAAAGCAGAAGCGGAAUUCAAUGCCCAGGUCGACGCUCUGGUGGCAAAACUACGAUCAAUAUCCAGCCGGAUUCGCGAUGCAGGGACUACGCAUCUUCGGCGCACAGAGGCGAAGGGUGCUAUCGAUUGGCUAGUCUUGAGGCUGGAGUUUUGCGUGCGGACGAAGCCGAAGCCGAAGGGUGGAGUUUUUGGGGGUGGGAUGGGGGGACAGAGGGAGUUUUUGAGUAGGUUUUUGAAGCACGCUGGUGGUGGCGAAGACAACGAUGCGACUGUGGUGCCAGUGGAGCAACUGGGCGAUGGAAAGGUGGAUGACAGCAACGAUGAGAACGCAGGUGCUGGUGCUCAGUCUGACGGUCCAGGCUGA